AUGAAAAGGUACGUUUUUGUCACCCACUACAACGCCUACGUAUACCAAAGCAGUGUCUCCCCUUGGAAUCUACGCACUUUGCCAUACUUUUCGCGACUGAUAUUUACACGAGAUAUAAAGGUGAUAACAAAGCCUUACAACUACGUAGCCUCUAAAAGCGGCAAGAACUUCCGGCGCAAGUUCAUGUCGGCCCUAAACGUGUGGCUCGGAAUCGACCAAGAAUCGUUUGAUACGAUAAGUCACGUUAUCGAGUUGCUACACAAUAGCUCAUUAUUAAUUGACGACAUCCAAGACGAAUCGAAAUUCCGCCGCGGCUCCCUGGCAAGUCACCACGUCUACGGGGUCGCCCAAACCAUCAACGCCGCAAAUUACAUUUAUUUCGCUGCAGAACAUGAGCUUCGGAAAUUGCGAGGACCAGAAGAAUAUGAAAAUGUCGGCGGAUACAGCGAGUGCUGGACACAGGCAUCCCGUGUCUUCAACGAAGAACUCCUCAAUCUGCACAGAGGGCAAGGCAUGGAGCUCUACUGGCGCGAUACGCUGCAGCCACCCACUGAAGCCGAGUACCUGCAGAUGGUUCAUCACAAGACAGGGGGACUGUUUCGGCUGGCUCUUCGGCUAAUGAAGUGCUGUGUUCCCGCACCUUUGCUUCUACUUGACCAGGUGGUGGAUCUUUUUGGGGUCAUUUAUCAGAUUGUGGAUGAUUAUAAAAAUAUGAAGGAGACUGCUAUGACCGAGUCGAAAGGCUGUUUCUGUGAAGAUCUCACAGAAGGGAAAUUUUCUUUCCCCCUUCUCCACGCCAUAUGGAGCAAAGGUACGAUUGAUACCGACAACGAGAACGGCAUCAAGGGCGAGAUCAUUCGUAUACUAACGACAAGGACAACUGACGACAUGGUGAAAAGACAUGUGGUCAGUCGUCUUGAGAAAGCGGGCAGUUUUGCCUACACGAGGCAGAUCUUGGAUGAUUUGUGUAAACAGCUUGCGGCCUUGCUUGGUAGGAUCCGUCGAAAAAACCCGCAAUUAGAAGCGCUGUUGUCGGUAAUGCUUAGCAAUCUACCUGUCUAA